GAAUUAGUUUCUCCCCUUACAGUAUCGCCUUCCCAAUUUUGUCGGGGGCUUAUCGGAGAACCCCGCGAUCGGGAUCCUGCGAGGUACCUGGGACUGUGGAGGCCCUGGGUACGAGUAUCUACUUCGUAAGAUCUUGCAAGUACAAAUACUCACGUUCGGGCCUACAUAUAUUUCCUGUAAGAUGAAUCGAAUAACUUCUCAGUUCGAUCUGCGGUAUUAGUCAGUUAGUUUUAUCCGACUUUAGUACCGGAAUUUGCGAAUAACUCCACCCAGUUCCUUCAACCCAUCCUCGAAAAUAGCAGUGUAAAUAAACAAGGCCAGCAAGAUGCAAGCCCGAAUCAAAAAUAUCAAUGCCUGGCCCUCUACAAUGCCCGACGAAGAAUGGGAGGAAGUAGCAACCGGAAUUCCAACCACAGAAGAACCGUUCAUCAAGCAAUAUGUAUCCGGACGUGAAGCCCUAAUAGCACAAGAGCAAAAGCAACGAAGCGGUACUUCCCCCCCUCUAUCUACACACCAACAUACUAACUCAUUAAUCCCACAGAUUUCGCAUUUCGCCAAUCCCUUUCUCCAAUUGCCCAGAAAGCCUGCCGUAUCGUCUCCAAAAUCAGGGACCACGAAGCAGCAACAAUAUGGAACAGCGGACUCGAAGAUAUCCUCGCCCAAAAGAUUGGAGCUAAUGUAUACCCGGGAAUGAUGUUUUCCCUUGCGAAAGAGAGGAUGGAAAGUACGGCUUUGUGGAAGAUUAUGAAGAAGAUGCCAAAAGGGGCUUUACUACAUGCACAUAUGGAUGCUAUGGUGGACUUUGAUUACCUGUUUGGGGUGUUAUUGGAGACGAAGGGAAUGCAUAUCUACUGCAAUAGCGCUUUAGAUACAGACAUUGCUAGAGAGGGUGCUCCUGUCAAAUUCAGAUUUCAGGUGAAGGACAGAGGUAUUGAAGCUCUCUUUUCUGAUAUGGAGUAUUGCUAAUUAGAAUAGUGGAUGGUGCAUCAAUCUGGAGUCCGGAAUACAUUCCUGAUACUCCCAUCCUCCUCACUCAAGCCGCGGAUGCCUUUCCAAAGGGUGGAAGGCAAGGUUUCAUCGCUUGGCUCAAGGACCGUUGCACAAUUACCAACACUGAAUCAAUUGAGCACCACCAUGGCGUUGACGCUGUGUGGAGGAAGUUCUCCUCUUGCUUUGGAAUUCUGAAUACCAUCAUGUUCUACGAACCAAUUUUCAGAUUAUUCAUGCGGAGAAUGUUGAAACAGUUACUUGAUGAUGGUGUGAAAUGGGUAGACCUAAGACUUGCUUUUGUCUUUCGCUAUUAUAAAGAGGGUACAGAUGAGCCAGAAGACACAUUCCAUGAAAUUUUUCGAGUAUUUGGAGAGGAAAUCGAGAAUUUCAAGAAAUCCGAAGAAGGGAAAGGCUUCUGGGGUGCAAGAAUGAUUUGGACUGGUCUGCGUCUAUUAGAUACAAGAAAGAUGGUUGAGGAUAUGGAUGCGUGUAUCAGCGUUAAGCUGGCUUACCCGCAUCUAAUAUCUGGGUUUGAUCUGGUUGGACAAGAAGAUGCUGGCAAACCUUUGAAGGCCGUCCUUCCAGAGUUAUUCUGGUUCAAGAAGCAAUGUGCGCAAGAAGGCGUCAAUAUCCCUUUCUUUUUCCACGUAAGACACCUUACUCCUAUUAAUCUCAAGUACUUACUGAAAAUCAACAUAGGCUGGCGAAUGCCUCGGUGAUGGAAGCGAUACAGACCAAAACCUUUUUGACGCCGUCCUUUUAGGAACACGCAGAAUCGGCCACGGCUUCUCUCUAUACAAGCAUCCUCUCCUCAUCGAUAUGAUUAAAGAGAAGAAGAUCCUCGUAGAAAGCUGUCCCAUUUCCAACGAAGUCCUUCGUCUUUGCGCAUCCAUUAUGUCUCACCCAUUACCCGCACUCCUAGCUCGCGGAGUCUCAUGUUCUCUGUGCAACGACGACCCAGCUAUCCUGGGGCAGGAUACUUCUGGCAUGACACAUGAUUUUUGGCAAUGUUUACAAGGCUGGGAGAAUCUCGGUCUUGCAGGACUUGGAUCACUAGCAGAAAACAGUGUUAGAUGGGCGGCUUUUGAGGACGAAAGUAAUAGCGAAUGGAUGCAAAAUAUUAAGGAUGCCACUUUGGGCUCUGGAGUAAGAGCUGAGAAGAUGAAGGAGUGGUCGAUUGAGUGGGAGCAGUUUUGCCUGUGGAUUGUCACUGAGUUUGAUGAUGAUGAGUAGAUUGAUUUAGGGUAAGGCGGUGUGGUGUUUUGUUGAUGGGGUGCAUUGGUGGUGUAUAUGGCGUUCAACCACAAUUAAAGGGGAUAGGUGGUUAAUCUGAGUUACAUGAGAAAUGCGAUUUUUCAAAAUCUAGAUGCCCAUUCAACAUUAGCGAUUGUAGCGAUCGUAGCGAGUAUACGUGUUUUGCA